AUGAGCGAGACGCCAGAGAGCCAACACCGCAUGGAGCCAACAGCCUUCUCCACAUCUGCAGCAUCAUCGCAAUGCCACGCAAUGUCGAGCGAGCAGAUGGCAAUGCACCUCGCAAGAACCACCACGGACAGCUCCGAACUGCGCUCCCUCUGGUGUACAGUAACAGAGAGGCUCAUGGGAAACGGAGACUGGCUGGCUGGCUGGCUCCUCCACCUGUGCCAAAGUGAGGGGAGCUGA